CCCCUCAGAGCGCUCAGCGAAGGAGGGGGCAGUGGCCCCGGGUUCGCGCCCCCUCCCAGCCGGGAGAAGCGGCUUUUCCUCGGGACGGUAGCGUAAGGUUUUCCUCUACCUCGCUGAGGACGGUGAAGUCAUCCCCGGACCUUCCGUGACAGUGCCUGAACAGCCCGGAUAUGAUGCCAAAAGAUCUCCAAAGUAUUUUAUAGUUUGACCCAAUGAUUCUUCUGGAUCUAUAUUUCUCUCUUCAAGAAUAAGUGCAAAGACCAAAUCCUACUUACUACCAGAUAUUUUUUAUUGCAAGAUCAUGGACCAUAUUACUAGGGAGAAAGAUGAAAGGCGAACAGGGAAAGGGAAUCCAGGAAGAAGCACGCACAGUUCUCGAGCAUCAAGUUCCACUUCGGCGGCUGGAGUUCUCAUGGUCGGGCCCAAUUUUAGGGUUGGCAAGAAGAUCGGCUGUGGCAAUUUUGGAGAGCUCAGGCUAGGCAAAAAUCUUUACACAAAUGAAUAUGUAGCAAUCAAGCUGGAACCAUUAAAAUCUCGUGCCCCACAACUGCACUUAGAGUAUAGAUUUUAUAAACACCUCGGCUCUUCAGUUGAAGGCUUCCCACAGGUAUUUUAUUAUGGUCCAUGUGGAAAAUACAAUGCCAUGGUACUGGAGCUCCUUGGCCCAAGUUUGGAAGACUUGUUUGACCUCUGUGAUAGAACAUUCACUCUGAAGACUGUCUUAAUGAUAGCAAUUCAGCUGCUUACUCGAAUGGAAUUUGUGCACUCAAGGAAUCUCAUUUAUCGAGAUGUCAAGCCGGAGAAUUUUCUUAUUGGCCGGCAAGGAAAUAAGAAAGAACACAUCAUCCACAUAAUAGACUUUGGAUUGGCCAAGGAGUACAUUGAUUCUGAAACACAAAAACAUAUACCUUACAGAGAACACAAGAGCCUUACUGGAACAGCAAGAUAUAUGUCCAUUAAUACACACCUGGGCAAAGAACAGAGUCGGCGAGAUGACUUGGAAGCUCUUGGACACAUGUUCAUGUAUUUUCUUCGAGGCAGUUUACCAUGGCAAGGCCUUAAGGCUGAUACAUUGAAAGAGCGAUACCAGAAGAUUGGGGACACAAAGAGGAAUACUCCAAUUGAUGUUCUCUGUGAGAACUUCCCGGGUGGUAAGCUCAACCAACGGCGAGUUGAACGUUGAAGAGCAAGCAGGAGCACCUUCCAACGUACCACUUGCGGCCCGUACUGAGGUGGAAGUAGUAGAGGAAGCUAACUGCCUGAAAAUGCUCAACUUGUGGUGCUGCUGCUUCUAUAAGAGAAAACGAAAGAAGUCUUCCCAGCGCCAGAAAUAACAGACAGCCAAGAUGGGACGUCCACCAUCGAUGGUCGCCCAUGGACAGCAUCCACAGCAGUAAGCCAACAGCCGGAGAAUUGCAAUCUACUCUUCCAGUUGCCUUGAAUUUUUUUUCUGGCUUCGGUGAUGUCUCUCUCUCUCUCCCUCCUAUUUUUUUUUCCUCUUUCUCUCUUCCUCAGAAUGGUUGGAGAAAACUCUCCGUUCUAAAAUGAGCAUACGUUUGUUGCACUUUUAAUUAUUAUUAUUUUUAUUUUUAUUGUAACACGAUGGAUGCAUAUGACGCUGUUUGUGUGUGUUGUCUCCUCGGCGUGGCGGCGAAUGAGGCCAGCCCACCUGCUCAGCUUUCCCACCCCUCUUUUAACAGCAGGCUGCCCAUCCCCUCUUUAGGAUUCCUCACCAGGACCGCUGCCGGGUUCUUCUUAACGCCUCCCACCCACCCCUGCAACGGUGUUUGCGCCCCGCCGCUUACUUGAAUAUUUUUUUCCAGCUCCUCUUGAAAACACCCCGCUCGUGGUUUGUCUCCAUGGUGCCUACCUUUCACCGGCUUGAGAUUGAAACAAAAAAAUAAAUCUUUUCUGCUGGCUGAAGGAGCGAAGUCAGCUGGACUGAACUUUGGACAAAUGACCAUGGAAUGAAAUGAGGCCCUUUGGCCUUUUUAAAGCGGAGCAAGGCUCAGCCAGAGAGUGGACACUGCCCUUGCCUUACACUUCGUCUCUGGUUUGGAUUUUGCCAAGGCUUUUCAGUCAAUCUCUACAGACUAGAAGAGGGUGUCAUCUAUGUAGUGCCUGCUGAUUUUUUAUUUUUUUUUCCUGUUUUGUAACCCGGGCCCUAACGUUCCUGGAACACACACCUGGACACGCGAUGAGAUAAACUAUCGAAAAUGCAAGUUUUUUUUCUUUCUUUCUCUCUCUCCCAAGCAGACGGGAACUUUGGGCACACUUUGAGAGAGGGAUUGAAGAGGAUCCUUCUUCAAAACCCUUGGAGUCGCCUCCUAAAAUCCAUCCGAAAGGCGACGCGACCUUGUUGAUCCAGCGACUGAUUUCCUUUCCUCCUGGAAAGGAAAAAGCUACCUCUGGGACUGUAGAGGAAGAAACAAGCAUAGAGUUCCUCGUUUGCAAAUGAAAGAACUGCUAAAAGGGAAAAAGCCACUGGACUGGAUUCCUGCUCAUCUCCCAACACUCUCUUCAUGCCUUCCGUUUGUCUUAAAUGUUAAAAUCUCAGCCCCCACUUCUCUUUUCAGAGCUGUAGAUUGCGGCUCAUUUCCCAAUUAAUGGGCCAGGGAGACCCAGAUUUUCAGUGAUCUGUGCAUUUGGUUCUCUUUGUGUUCUCCCUUUCCCCCAAAACGGGGUGCAGCACGUAAACCCAACUCGUCAUCUUCCUCUUUCGUCACUGUUAAAAGAGUUGGGAGUUUCCCCCUUGUCAGAGUACAUUCUUCACCAUUAACUUGCUGCCCAUUCAAUACCAAUUUGAAAUUAGCUGUUCAUUCCACCUUCACCAAAGGGAAUCAGGCUUGCUUCCUUGAGGGGAUUUAAAAAAAAAAUUCAGAAAGGAAAACCGCAGCUUUUUCACUCUAGCAGGAGUGACAUUCCACUUGCCCAUUUUUGAAAAUCCUGAAAGUGGAAUAUAUUUACACUGAGCAAGAGAGUCUAGGGGAUUUCUCCACCCCACCCCCCAAUUGAGGUACAACUUGUAGCUUGCAAAAAAGGGAGAACUACGUGUUAAGCUACAGCUUUGUUUCUAAAUCUUCAGUAAACCUCUAGUAUGAAAUAGGGGACUAGGGAAGCUGCUCUAGACCGCUUUUAGGAAUCUCCCCCUGGGUUAUGAGCUAAUCGUUCAUUUUACACAGAGCACUGUGUUCUUCACAAAAAGUUCUCCAUUGCUUCUUCGGAAAUUGUAAUAUCAGCACUUGGAUCUGUAGCCUCCUUUUUCCCGAUGAGCCCAAAACACGUUGGCUUCCAGUCUCGGAUAAUUUACUUCUGAACUACGUUGGGAAAAAAACAACAACGUGUCUUUCCAAGAGCCAAGUCUAUUUAACGGUGAGGAUUGCUUUCCUUCUGGGGUUCAUGAAUUCUUUGCUAGCUUGGCACAGUUUUUCUUUUUUUAAUUGGAACGAAAUAUCAGCAGAAAUUUGAUAUCUGUUUAGAAAAGGAAGAUAACGCCAUCCAGUUAUCUAGCAAGAGGGCUUCUCACCUAUAUGCAUGUUCCUCGGCUAUUCGUUCUUUUGUCCUUAAAAAAAAAAAGACUCCAUCUCUGCUCGAGCCAAGAAUCUUUAUCCUCAGACCUCUCCAUCUCCUUGAAGUGAGCAAAUCUCUUUUAUCGGAGUGAUCCCUCGUUCCUAUUCCUUUUUAAAAAUAUAUAUAUAUAUAAAUAAACUGGAAUGGCUAAUCUAGAGGAAGCACGCUGCAUUCAUGUUCAAAAAAAAUGUACAUACAAUCGCACUGAGAAUGACCAGCAUUAGA